UAACUCCAAACAAUAAGAGCUUAUUUGCAACAAAUAAAAUAUUUUUUGUGAUAUUUCAAUUUUUUUUAUUAAUUUAAAAUGAAAGUGUUCUUAGUCGCCUGUUUAGUCGCUAUUUGUUCAGCUGGACGUUUACAAAACAAUUAUUUACCACCAAGCGGUGCUACUCAAUCUGCCGGUGCAUCCGCUGGUAUUAUUGCACCUGCUUAUGGUACUCCAGGUGCUGGUAUUCGAGCUGGUGCUGGAAUAGGUGCUAGUAGUUUUGGUGGAGCUAGAUUCGCCCCACAACCAAGAAACCCAAAUAAUGAUAUUCCAAUAUUAUCAUACUCAAAUGAAAACAAUGGUGAUGGAAGCUACAGAUACAGUUAUGAAACUGCUAAUGGAAUUAAAGCUGAAGAACAAGGUGCAUUGAAAAAUGUUGGCUCAGAAGCUGAAGCUAUUGCUGUACAAGGUGGAUUCUCUUACACAGACGAACAAGGAAACUUAAUCCAACUUACAUACACCGCUGAUGAAAAUGGUUUCCAACCUCAAGGAGCUCAUUUACCAACCCCUCCACCAAUCCCAGAAGCCAUCUUAAAAUCCAUUCAACAAAAUGCUGCCGCUCAAGCCGCUGCUGCUGCUCGUGGUGGUUAUGCAUCAGGAGCUUAUGAUCAAGGAGCAUACAACCAAGGUUCAUACAGCCAAGGUUCAUACAAUCAAGGAUCAUCAGCAUCAAGUUUUCGACCAGCUAAACCAUCUUUCUCACCUCAAUCGGGAUACAAUUAUUAACUUUAAAUAGCGAAAUGCCAUAAAAAUGAUAGCUUUUAACUUUUUUGUAAAAGCUCUUAGAUUGUAAAUAAGUCUAAAAAACAAUGUAAAUAUUUUGCACUGAUUGUAAAAAUACAAUCGAA